AUGGUCGUAUUUGAAAUAAUCGUACUUGGAGCCAAUGGAGGACCUUCUGAAUAUGGCACGCAAAGCUUUAUUCUCAGACCUGUGAGGGCAGAAAGUCCAGCGUUAAUAGCUGUCGAUGGUGGCGCCGGGAUGCAUCAAUUAAGAGAGAUGUUGGCCCAAAAGUGGAAUGACAAUGAAGAUUAUGACGAGCUUGUUCCAAGUUUCUAUGAACAUGACCGAGAACCAAUAGAAUUUUUUGUUAAUUCUAAACUAAGCAUACAGAGGGGCUUAUCUAGAUCUUUGCUACAAUCAUUAAAGAGGCAUGAGGAACAUUUUGAGGAUUCAAAUACGACAAAUAAAGCUUACAAGUUGUUCCAAGGGAUUACCGACUACUAUAUCACGCACCCACAUUUUGACCAUAUUAGCGGAAUGGUAAUAAAUUCUCCUUCAAUAUAUGAGCAAGAGAACACUAAAAAGAAAACUAUAUGGGGUUUACCACACACAGUUGACGCCUUGCAAAGACAUGUGUUCAACGAUUUAAUGUGGCCGGAUUUAACUGCAGAACGUUCGGAAAAGUUGAAGUUAAGCUAUUUGAACUCCAAGGAAGUUCAUAAGUGUACUAUCUUCCCUUGGGACGUAGUACCGUUCAAGGUUCAUCACGGGAUAGGCGUCAAAACCGGCGCACCAGUAUACAGCACUUUUUAUAUCUUUAGAGACAGGGAAACUAAAGACUGCCUAGUUGUUUGUGGAGAUGUUGAACAGGACCACGCAGGCCUAGAAGAAUCUUUGCUAGAGGACUUUUGGUCUUACGUCGCCGAGAAUAUACCACUUUUGCAUCUCAAGGGCAUAUUAGUGGAAUGCUCUUGUCCUUUGUCUUUCAAACCAGAACAGCUGUAUGGGCAUCUGUCUCCGACAUGUUUGAUCAAUGAACUAUCUAAUUUGAACACUCUAUACAACAGUAGCAAAGGACUAAGUGGGCUGAAUGUCAUCGUCACUCAUGUCAAGACAACCCCGGCCAAAAGAGACCCAAGACUGACCAUACUCGAGGAAUUACGAUUUUUAGCUCAGGAAAGAAACUUGGGAGACCUAAGGAUAUCGAUUGCGCUAGAAGGCCACACCUUGUUUCUAUAG